AUUAGGACACGAGGGGCUCUUUUGAAGGCACAGCUUUCGCACAGCGGGAUUCACAGAGCAGGCUGCUCCUGCAAGAUGCUCCAAUAAGGAGAAAGGAAUGGUUUCCCAACCACGCAUAGAGAGCAGCGGCAGCUUCUGACUAGUGAGAUACUAAAUUGGCCUUUAUCAGUUGUACAAGUAUGUGUGCCAAGGGUAAGCUGCCUAUGUCCUUAGAUCAAGCAAGUUUGUCCAUGCAGGCAAUAAUCAUCAGAAAGUUUACUGGCUUAAAGAAAAGAGAUGGGAGGGAGCUGAAAUACUCACUUGUAACUAGUUUCCCAUCUUCGAUUCCAGCAGUAUUGGUGGGUGUAAUACUCUGCACCUGACUGUCCUGAGUCUCCUUGGCUUGUGUGACCCAUGUAUCUGUGGCAGAUUGCUGUGUUUUGGCCAUCGCUUGCUCUUGCCUCUGACUUGCUUUGUUGGGCUUGGGUGAUUGAGGGAGCUUUUGUAUGUGCAGGAAGCUAUGGGCACUUUUAAACCUCUGAGUUUGGGGGGGAAAAAGCAAGCUGGGGAGUACCAGGUCUUGCAGUGUAUUUGAUGCAGUCUAAAAAAAAUCCUCUAUUUACACCUUUUCUCCUUUAAUUGAAAGUUAAAUCAUUGAAAUGAAACAACUGAAAUGGGGUGAGGAGUCACUGGCAUUGUGCUGAAUACAAGUGUACACCCUGAGUGUGCAGUACAUGCCUAGAAACUUUUACAGCUUACUGAUAUGAUGAUGUUAAGAUUGUAGAGUCAUUAAAUGGGAGUGAAAUUAUCAAAUAAUUUCCCCUUCUAGGUUUCCUGGUAAUACUGAAUUACAGGUACUGACACCACUGCUGUUAUCUCAGAUGCUCCCGCAGCUGCCUGACACUGCAUGAGCUGAGGUCGCUGCCAGGCACUGCUGUUAGGAAGAGGAAGAAAAAGAUUAAAUCUGUCAUCAUCAAUUACCUGCUCUUAGCUCAGCUACUGAAGAAAUAACACAUUUUUGAGUAAUUUGAAUAUUGCAUGCUGGACUUUUUACAAUCCGUAGUUUAUCAACUUCUUGCAUAGCUUGAGGCAAACAUAACAAACACUUCUUUUGAGUCACAAGCCAACCUUGUCUCCACUGCAGCUGUCCAUGAGUUUCCCUAGGACCCUGACCCUGUGGUCACAGACCUAUCCUGUCCUGCCCCGGGGCUGGCUCUGGGCGUAGCAAUCCUCCGCAUGUACCCCGGUGUGAGUCGCGGGAUCGAGGUGCUGUGGCCAGAGUCUCCAGGACAAGACCUGUCAAGUAAAACAGUUGAGGUGGAAGCUAGGAGUUUACCUAUGGAGCUGAGUGAGAAGGGAGGUGUGGAGAACAAUGGAUUUGUUCAAAAUGAGGCUUUUGAGGACAAGGAGACGGACACCAGUAGUGAAGAAGAAAUGCCAAAACCGUGCAGUAUUGAUGUGGACCCUGUGGCUGUGGAGGAGACACUAUUGAAGCCUUAUGCUGGGAUGCCAAAGGAAGUCCUGCUGCAGUUCUCCAGCCAAGCCUGCUACAGAGUCACCAGGGAGAUCCUCUUCUGGCUCAUAAUUGCUGGUUCCAUUGCGCUUGUGUGUGCUACCAUUGCGAUCAUCGCUCUCUCUCCAAGGUGCCUUGACUGGUGGCAGGCUAGUCCUAUUUAUCAGAUCUAUCCUCGUUCCUUCAAGGACAGCAACAUGGAUGGGAAUGGGGAUCUGAAAGGUAUCCAAGAAAAACUGGACCAUAUUACAUAUUUGAAUAUAAAAACCGUCUGGAUCACCUCUUUCUUUAAGUCCCCUUUAAAAGAUCUUGGAUAUGGAGCUGAAGACUUCUAUGACAUUGAUCCCAUUUUUGGAUCAAUGAGAGAUUUUGAGAAUCUGAUUGCAGCCAUACAUGACAGAGGGCUAAAGGUGAUAAUGGAUUUAAUACCAAACCACACAAGUGACAAACACCGGUGGUUUCAGCUGAGCCGCAAUCGGACUGGGAAGUACACAGACUACUACAUCUGGCAGGACUGCAUGCAGGCUGCUGGCUCAGUCAUUCCUCCCAACAACUGGGUGAGUGUCUUUGGGAAUUCCAGCUGGCAGUUUGACGACAUGAGAAAGCAAUGUUAUUUCCAUCAGUUUGGGAAGGAACAGCCUGACCUAAAUUUUCGCAACCUUGCUGUCCAACAAGAAAUCCAGGAUAUUAUAAAAUUUUGGCUCGGCAAAGGAGUUGAUGGAUUUAGUUUGGGCGCUGUUAAAUUUCUCUUAGAAGCAACACAUCUCCGAGAUGAGCCUCCAGUGAACAAGUCUCAGAAUGGAGAGAGUAUCACAGCCUAUUCCCAGCUCUACCAUGACUACACGACCACGCAAGUUGGUUUGCAUGACAUCAUCCGUGGCUUCCGUCACACCAUGAAUCAGUUCAGCAGAGAGCCUGGCAGAUACAGAUUUAUGGGUACUGAUGAUGAUGAAAAGGAAGACAUUGAAGCAACAAUGAUGUAUUAUGGAACGACUUUUAUCCAAGAAGCAGAUUUUCCCCUCAAUUUCAACCUAAUUAACAUGAAAAAUCUAUCGGGCAACAGCAUUUUUGAAGCUGUCGACUUGUGGAUGAAAAACAUGCCUGCAGGAAAAUGGCCAAACUGGGCAGUUGGAAGCCCUAACGCUGCGCGGAUUUCAACUCGGAUUGGGAAGGAGUACGUCAAUGUCAUGAACAUGCUGCUCUUAACCCUCCCUGGUACUCCUGUAACUUACUAUGGUGAAGAAAUAGGCAUGGAGAACAUUGUGUCAGAAAAUGUGACCCUCCCAGAGAAAUCCCCCAUGCAGUGGGAUGGAGAAGUUAAUGCUGGUUUUACUGAAGGCAACAGCAGCUGGUUACCUGUUAACUCUGACUACCAAAGUGUAAAUGUGGAAGUCCAGAGCACCUUGUCCAACUCAACCCUGAGUCUGUACAGAGCGCUGACCUCGCUGCGGAACAAUGAGCUCCCCAUGAACCGAGGGUGGAUGUGCCACAUCUGGAAUGACAGUGAUGUGUUUGCCUAUGUGAGGGAGAUAGAUGGGUUAGACAGAGUCUUCAUGAUGGUGCUCAACUUCGGCCAGGAGUCGACAGUAGACCUGAAGGCCAUAGUUCCUAACCUUCCCUCUGAAGCUGUUAUAAGACUCAGUACUCAUUUCAGCAAUGCUGGUGAAGUGGUCAAUACCAAAGUAAUUAAAACUGAAAUGGGAGAAGGCCUGGUCCUUGAAUACAAAACAGCAAAGCCUGUUCAUACUAUGGAAGCUUUUCAAGAGAAGUGUUUUGUGGCAGAAAAAGCUUGUUAUUCCAAGGCCUUUGAUUUACUCUACAAGAACUGUUAA